AACAGGUUCUCCGCCCGAUAUGGACACGAGGGGCGGGACUACCUGGUAUAUGCAAAUCGGCUGUUGCCCGGUGACGUGAGAGGCGGAAGCGGACAGCUGGGGUACACAAAGUUUCAGAACGGGUUUCUUGGGGGACGUUUUUACGGAAGACUGGAGGGGCAGCGGACUGCGAUAAAACUACGAUGGGGGGCUCAUCCAGCCAGCUUUCCAAGCAGCUCAUAAACGAAUAUCAGGAACUAACUUUCCUUACAAAGCAAGAAAUCCUUGUGGCUUACCAAAGAUUCAGUGAACUUGUGCAAAAAGAAAACCAAAGCAACAUUGAGUCAGUACGGAUCCCUAAGGAAGCAUUUCUGGCUCUACCUGAGUUAAAGGCAAAUCCUUUCAAGUUCCGAAUCUGCCACGUCUUCUCCACUUCUGACCAGGAAGAUGGCAGCAUGUCUUUUGAAGAUUUCCUUGACAUGCUCAGUGCGUUCAGCGAAUCGGCCACCCUUGAAAUCAAAUCCCAUUAUGCCUUUCGCAUUUUUGAUUUUGAUGGUGACGGUGCAUUGAAUGAAUCCGAUUUGGAAAAACUGGUGAACCAUUUGACUGGAGAAGAAGAAGAAACCAAACUGAGUAACAGUGAAAUGAAGCAACUUAUUGCGAAUAUCUUGGAAGAGUCUGAUAUUGAUAAGGAUGGAACCAUCAAUCACUCGGAGUUUCAACAUGUCAUCUCCAGAUCUCCCGACUUUGUCAGUUCCUUCAAAAUUGUGCUGUGAGGAAACCACAUUUUUGCCAAUGGAAAAAAAAACCUGAAACUGAAUGCCUGUCUCGCUGAAUCUUUGCAGUCGCCUACUACUAGCUACUGAAUGUAAAGAACUGGACCAUGUUUCACCCAGGGUAAAAAGCUAAAGAAGGCCCACACCUGAUGUUCCAUAUUAGAUCAAAUGAAUACCUAAGUUAUAGCGGGGAUGUCUUGUCUCUCCGCCAAUUAGUGAGCGCCAAUACCCACCUGUAUGAUGGGAAUUGUAUUCGAUGAACGCAUUAUAAAAGUAUAUAAUCCUAUUUUGACUCCUAAAAUGUCCAUACUAAUGGCAAUGGACUUAAUGGUUUUCCCUGCAAGUACGUUUUGUCUCUAACCCUUAGCUGUGACUGUGCAGUGUGAUUUUAAUGCUCUCCUCAAUGGAUCUCAAUGUUCUGCUUCCAUGAACAUGUUAAAUAUUUUUAAUAACAUGGAAUACUUUGCACUGUGCAUUCCAGAUGUGCCUUCUCUCAAACACAUGUCAGAAAUACUCCAUCUGGAACCAGCAGUCCUUUUAAACACAUUGUUAGCAUUUGUUCCCCCCCCACCCCCCCCCCCGAAAUGCCUACUAUCAAUCUGGUAUGUGAAACGAUUACAAAAGUCCAGUAAUGCAGGUUUAUUUGUAAAAUACAAUGAUGUUUUUAACUUUCUGUAACAUUACACAGUGACAAACACCAAUGCAUUGUUGUGAAAAUAUAUAUAUUAUAUAGAGACUACUGAUUUUUAAACUUGCACUAUUUUAAAAUGACUGUUUUCAUGCAGUAGGGCAGCGGUACAAAUGCUGAUAGCACCAGCACUAAUCUGGCAAUAAAACGAGUUGUGCUGUUUUAAUUCCCCAGUACUGAUUGUAGUUUCCCAUACAAGGUGGGACGCUUCUACUGCACCAACUUUACUCAAAUCAGCUUCAUAGUAAGUGGAAAUAUGGCCUCUCCCUCAUCUUUUCUGAGGUUAUUUUUGGGUCGCGACUUAAUGACCAAAGACAAAUGUGGGUCCUGAGAAUACACGGGUUGAGAACCACUGCUUUGAUAUUUAAAUACCCCACAAAAACUAGGACAUUUCAUUAUUUAAAAAACCCCCCACAACAUUUCAACAGUCUGAGACUAUCUGCACAAAUUAUAUCCAGUUUCCUUCCACAUAAUGCAUUAUUUGAGCGCUGUAACAUGUUUUCUAUUUUUUAAAGUAAUUUAAAUCUAAUAAAACACACUUUGCAUUA